GGUCUGCGGAAGGAUAUCGGGAAUGAUUUAAGCGAUAUUGCAGCGGACUGGACCAAGGCCCAGACGAAUGGUGUUGAGAAGUUUUUGCGGAAAGUCGCGGGUCUGCGGGCAGCCUUGACAACCCGCGAACGCCCCGAGACCGAUAGCAUACUGCUUGAUAUAUGGUCGGGCGAUGACAUCGACACCGCGCUCUGCGCCCCCAGCCACGGCAAGUGCAGCCCCCAGCCCGGAGCUGCUGCAGCUCGCGCUCACGUGCGCGGCUGACGGCGCCGCGGCGCUGCAGCACCUGUUCGACAAGGCGGGGGCGGCGCUGCGCAGCUGCGAUGACGUGGACAGCCAGUCGGAGUGGGACCUCAGCGACAAGGAGUGUGACUUUAUCGACGCCUCUCGACGCGUGGCUCUGGCGCUGGUGCGGGCAGGAGCGCUGGAGCUGUGGGCGCGGGCGCUUGCAGGGCGGGCGGCCCCAGCUGAGGGCUCGGGCCAGCUGGCACUGUUGGGCGGUAUGGUGCGCCUGGUCAACCAUAUCAUUAGAUGCGCGACGGCCGCAGAACAGGAUGUGCAAGAGCAGCGCGAGAGACAGGCAGAAGGUGACUGUGACUCUGUGCCGGCCGGAGACAACGCCAGCAGCAGUGGCAGCAGCGAGGCGUCGCUUGGUGAACUGGUGCUUCCCCGGACGCCCGACGGCCGCCACGCCGCGCUGGCUGUGGAGCUGCUGGCGGCGGUGCAGCGCAGUGCGGUGCUGGAGCACAUGUCGCGGGCGGUACUGCAGCUGUCGGCGGCGGAGCGGCGGGGGCAGCGGCAAGGCCCGAUGCAGCAGAACCAGCCGCAGCCGCGGGAGGCAGGGUCUAACGCAGCCGCGCGGUCGCAGCAGGGUCCGCCAGCGGCCGCGGGCGGCAGCACAGCUUCCCCCGCCGGGACAGCAGAACAGCAGCAGCCGGUGGCGGCGGCGGCGAUGAUGUCGCUGGUGCCCGGCAUGAGUCUGCAAGAGCUGCUAGACAGCCCGCUGAACCAGCUCACAGAUUGCAUGCUGACGGCACUGCUCGACCAGGUGGAGUUGAGCGCUGAGGUGGUCGCCAUAGACCGGGAGGAGGGCAGCAGCCCGAUGCAGGUGCAGACGCGGGAGCAGCUGGGCCCCGCCUCGCAGUUUCUCAUGGCGGCGCACAUGGCGACACAGGUGGCGGCGGCGGAAGCGGCGGCCGAAGCACAUGCCGCAGUCCUUGCCAAGUUGUCCGGCGCCGAGGCCGGGAAGCUAGGCGGCGCUGCCAGUGCCGGUGCUGGUGGUGGGGCUGGCGGCAAUGGUGGUGCUGGUGGUGGUGCCGGUGCUGGUGGUGGUGCCGGUGCUGGUGGUGGUGCCGGUGCUGGUGGCGGGGCUCUCGGAGGUGCAGCUGCUCCCGGUGCCGCUGAGGCAACGGGCUCGUGUGGACCAACUGGGACCCCUGCAGCCUCAAUCCCAGCUCCAGCAAGGCCACUGCCGCCGCGGGAGCGGCAGGUGCCACAGCUGUACGGGUUGGCUCUGGACCAGCUGCCGUUGCCGGUGAUGCAGGACUUCGGGCAGAGCAACCUCGGCCUCAACUUGUCGAUGUUGGGUGCGCGAGGUGCCUCAAUCCACUACCCGGUGUUGUACGGCGUGCACCUGCGCGGCGUGGUGAUGGGCUGGCGGUGGGAUCUGGCGCAGCAGCCGCAGUCGCUCCCGAGCUGUGGCGGGCAGCUGGAGGGCAGGGAGAGGCCGCCCCUACCGCAGCUGGUCAGCAACCAUUCCCGGUCGGCGUUGGCGCUGCGGGCGGCGCGGGCGGCGCUGCAACGCUGGCGUGGCUUCCUGGAUUUGGGGCAUACCGCCUCCCCAGGACAGCAGCAAUGUGGGCAAGACGAGAAGGAGGCUGCUGCUGGAGGCGAGGCAGUUGCAGCAGCUGCUGCGGCUGGUAGCUCGGCAGCGGCUGCACAGGCGCCGUCGCCGCCUAAACCCACGAAGCCACUGACCCAAAAGCAGCUGCGGCAGCAGGCAGCGUCGGCAGCAAAGCAGCAGCAGGCGGCGGCAGCUAAGGCGGCAGCGGCAGCCGCGGAGCAGCGUCGUGAGCGGCAGCGGCUGCAGGCGGCGGAAGCGGCCGCAGCUAUGAAGCGUGCGGAGAUGAUGAAGGCUUACAAGCCCGGCGGCUUUCCGUUGGACGUUUGCAGCCCUUUGGUCUGCCGUGGCCUGUGGUACUGCCUUGAGCACCAUUUCGACCGCCUGUGCCGAGCCGCGCUGCAAGACCCCGAGCGCACGGCGGCACUGGUGGAUGCAGCGCUGAACGCAGAGGCAUGCGGCGAGCGGCUUGCUAGGGACGACGGUGGUGCCGGCGGCGGCGUGGCGAUGUCAGAGGAGUGGUGGCGGCUGGCGCUGCAGUGUGUGGGGCUCAUGGCCGCGGACGCAGACCGCCUGCUGUGGUCGCCUGAGAAGAUUGGCUCGGGCGUGCAGAGUGUGGAGAUGCUCGUCGACAUCGACUGCGAAUCCGAGGACACAGACAGCGCUUGCUUCAUCAGGACUACAGUGCUACGCGGCGCUGGCGGGGCCCUGCGCACGCAGACACGCGCCGCGGCCGCCAUAACCUGCGCGGAUGGCGGCUGUCACCAGACGCAAGACCAGCAGGUGCAGCUCGCCGCCGCCGCCAUGGUCAACGCCCAGCGCGCCAAUCUGUGCCGCGGCCUGAGCCUGGGGCUGCUGCCGGCGCUGGAGGCCCUGGCGCGGGCGGCCGCUCGCGGCCAGCCCACUGUUGAGCAGCUGGUGGCGGGCGGCCUGACCCCUCCGCCGCCGGUCUUCGCGAUCCUGGCCGGCCUGACGCACUGGGAGAUGAUUGAGCACGUGCUGCUGGCGGCGCCGCUGCAGCAGGUGGUGCCGUUCGUGGUCAGCGCAUCCAAGCUGGGGCGCCGUCUGGUUGUGGUUAUGACGAGGCCGAUCAAGCACGGCAGCAAGGCGCACCGCAAGGCUGCGCUGUUGGCCCUGCGCGCCACGAGUGCCCAAGUGCCGCCACUCGAGUUCCUUAUGUGCUUAGGGGAGGCCAGUGACGACGGCAGUAGCUGUGGAGGCGGAGAUGGCACUGACCUCUUCGGUGGCGCUGGCAGGUGCGCCGACAGCUCGGCACCGGCCGCGGCCCAACAGUGGAGGGCGCAACAGCCUGGGGCCCGCAAGCGGGAGCAGCGUGCGGAGCUGGUGUCGCUGCUGCUGGCCUCCUGGCUGCCGGGUGGCACGUCCCAGGCCAUACUGGCAAUGGGGCAAGCCCUGCAAAGCCGCGGCGGGGAGCCCGCGGACAUAUGUACCGACACCAGCACCGCGGUGCUGGAGUGGGUGCCGGUGCUGGUGCUGGCGCACCUGCUAGCACUGGAGCGCGGCGACACCAAGGCCGUGACGGAGUGGAAGGCGUUCAUCGUUGUCGACCUGAAUAUUAUUGGGCUGCUGACGUGCAGCUACCGGCCUGGCGACCUUCGGGAGCAUGAGGAGCGCGCAGUCGCGUGUGCGGCGCUGGCUGUGUCUGCUGCGUUCCCGGACGUCAUGAGGGGACAGGAGGGGCAGCGGCUGCGCGCCAACCUGAAGCGCCAGCUGCCUCAGCCGGUCUGCCAGUGGCUGGCGCGCGUGUGGGAGGCCGGCGAGGCGGGAGCGGGGGCGUGCGUGGAGGUGCUGGUGGGACUGCGGCGCAGUGCCGGUCACUGGGAGGAACCGGUUGGCGCCCCGGUGAAGUGGGACGUGCCGCCGCCUGACGACGUGGCGCUGCUGCCCACGCCGGCCGAGGUGCGGCGGCGGCUGGGGCUGUGCGCCUCGGGCGACUGUGUGGAGGUGGUGGGGGACAGCGAGGCGGACGUGCGGCUGACAGUGGUGUGCCGCGGCUGCCGCCAGGCCCGGUACUGCAGCGAGCGCUGCGCCAGCAAGCACCGCGAGACCUACAGCCGCCGGGGCUUCACGGCGUGCUGAGGCGGUGGGACCAGGGCUUUAGCAACUCUUGAUGUGGUAGAAAUUCGUUCGUACGGUGCUGCGUGUCGAGCUGCAACUUGUACUGGUACGGCGCCGGCCAACCCCUGCACUCUGCCGCAGUAGGUACAGUACGACAAUGUGGCAAGGCGGGUUAUCAGAGCUGUGCUACCAUUUGCAAUUAAUAAUCUUCCCUCUUGAUGUGUCGAGUCGCGGGGCUUUCAUAUACGAGGGAACCGGUUGGGGAACCAGCAGAGAGGGAAAUCGGCAGGGGAACCGGCGUGUGAUGGAUCCGUGGCCAGCG